UAUAAUUUUAAAAAAAUGCGAUUUCUUUACUCUUCUACUGAGGCGGUGCAUGAUGUCGCCUAGUGGAUCGUUUUACUAUUGCCUAUCCGGCCGAAAGUCUACGCAUCCUUACCUAAAUAGAAUCACUACCAACGAAAAACGACUCACUUAUCUCGAGAGGAAGAAAGCUGACGUCUACUUCAGCGUCUACAGACAUUCGUCCUUUGAAACUCAAAACGCGGUCAUUCCUUUCCAGGCCGCUCGUCUUAAUAUCGGCAAUGCAAUGGAUAUUGAAACAGGAAUUUUCACGGCCCCCCGAGCCGGCAUUUACACGUUCCAUUUCAACGGGUUCAAACACAACCAUCCGAUGGUGAACUGUGGGGCCAGUUCACAUUGUUUUUUUUUUAACGGGCAGUACAUGGGGAGAACAGAAACUGGAAAGGGAACCAAAAUGGGAACGCUCUCCUACAGUACGAUUCUAGAACUCAAAGCUGAUGACGAAGUCACGUUGAAGCUCCUCUACGGAAUUAUUCACGAUUCAGGUAAUCUUCACAUUCGGUUCUCAGGAGCAUUGUUGAAAGAGCUCUAAUUCGAUACGCAAUCGUGACUGUAUUCAUCUUCUUUAAAAAAUGUCAUGUAUCUUUUCUUUUCAACACCAAACGGGUGAAUGUCUAGGAUCAUUUAAGAACGUGGGCUACCAACAUCAGAUUUGAUAAAGCAAAUGGGUUAUUAGUUAUACUGCUAUAUAAAGUGAAAAAUAUUACAACUUCUGCUACCAUAUGAUGCGGGUUUCUUUGUUGUUAUUAGGGGAGACCGGACCCAUGUUGGACACCGUUCCAAGUUGGAC